AUGCACUGCUAUGAGGACCUGGUAAUGUGUCUGAGCUGUGGGAUGAUCCUGAUGGCGCUCGGGUACCUCGUCAAUCACAAGAAGGCCCAGAUGUCCUACGGGCGCCAUAUGGCACCCCCUCUGCCUGAGAGGAUGGUCCCAGCAUCGGUCGCCUGGUUCCUGCAGGAGAUACCGGCCCUCCUGAUCCCACUUCUGCUGCUAAUCGCCUCACAUGAGUCGUCCAGUGUAGGGAGGAAUCUGCUGCUUGGGACCUUCUGUGUGCAUUACUUUCAGAGGACGUUUGUGUACGGUCUGCUGUCCAGAGGAAGGCCAUUCCCUCUGGGUGUGAUGGUUGCUGCAGCUUUCUUCUGCUCUCUGAACGGCUCUCUGCAGGGUCACUACCUGCUGCACUGUGCCCAGUUUGAUGAUCAGUGGCCAGCCAACUGCAGAUAUAUAAUCGGUUUACUGUUGUUUUACAUCGGAAUGGCCAUCAAUGUUCACAGUGAUUAUAUCCUACGAAACCUGAGGGAACCAGGAGUGGUGGUUUACAGGAUUCCUACAGGAGGUCUGUUUGAAUACGUCUCUGGUGCAAACUACCUAGGGGAGAUCGUGGAGUGGUUUGGCUAUGCUGUGGCUACCUGGUCUCUUCCAGCGCUCUCCUUUGCUCUAUUCAGCCUGAGUUUCAUUGGACCGAGAGCAUACUACCAUCACAGGUUUUACCAGGAGAAUUUUAAAGACUAUCCUAAGUUACGAAAAGCUUUGAUUCCAUUCGUCUUCUGACAGAAAAAACAGCGCUGGAUGUAUUUUAUAAGAGAAGAGGACAAAAACUGAUAUACCUGCUCGUGUUUGUCUUUUAAAGCAGAUACAGCCUGUCAUUUUUCUCUGCACGACAAAGUGCUUGGAUUUUAACUGUAGGUGUGACAAUGUUUUUAAAACCAUAACCAUAACCAUUAACUCAGAUAUAAAGGAAACAUUUAAUAUCAUCUGCAGAAGAGUAAACAACAGU